CUUCCUCAACCACAUAUAUAAAUUCCAGUGAUCCAUUCUUGUCAAAAUUCUCCAUUUCCCAUUCUUCGCCAUGGCUUGCCUCUUUUCUCUCACCUUCUUCCUCUUCUUCUGUCUUUCCUCUGCUAAAUUACACCACCACCACCACCACCACCAUCAUCAUCUCCACCCAACCCAGAAACCCAAUACAACAUUUGCUUCCGCUCCUCCUCAGAUCAUCCAACAAGCCUGCAAAGCCACCCGCUUUCCCAACUCAUGCGAGACAUCAUUAACUCAAUCGUCAAAAUUGACCCAGAACUCGAAGGCUAUCGAGAUCGUCCAAGCAUCCAUGUCGAUCUCGGCACAGAACCUUAAGACCGCCCAGUCCAUGCUGAAAACCAUCCUCGAUACCUCUUCAGACAACCUGAACCGCUCUAGGACCGCCACGAUCUGCUUGCAGGUCCUAAACGACUCGGAAUUUCGGCAAUCAUCGGCAGCCGACGUCUUUCCACGUGGUCGGAUCAAGGACGCCCGGGCGUGGAUGAGCGCGGCCCUUAGCUACCAGACUGAUUGCUGGUCGGGCCUCAAGAACGUCAACGAUAGUCAAAGAGUCAACCAAACGAUAGCAUUCAUGGAGUCGUUGAUUGGGUUGACCAGCAAUGCCCUCAGCAUGAUGGUCUCCUACGACCUCUUCCAGGACGAGCUCGACUCUUGGAGACCUCCCAUGACGGAGAGAUCCGGAUUCUGGGAGGAGAGUGGGAUAGGACGGUCGGGUACCGGGUUCAAGUUACGUUUUCCGUCGGGUUUAAAGGCCGACGUGACGGUAUGUAAGGAGGAGGGAAACGGCUGUUACAAGACCGUGCAGGCGGCGGUAGACGCUGCACCGGAUAACCAGGUAGCUCGCAGGUUCGUCAUCAGCAUCAAGGCUGGUGUGUACGAGGAGACCGUACGGAUCCCGUUGCAGAAGAAGAACGUCGUCUUUUUGGGUGAUGGUAUGGGCAAAACCGUCAUUACAGGAUCCUUAAAUGUGGGCCUGCUUGGCAUCAACACUUACAACACCGCCACCGUCGGGGUUCUAGGAGACGGUUUUAUGGCCCGGGAUCUGACGAUACAGAACACGGCUGGACCGGAUGCACACCAAGCUGUGGCAUUCCGAUCGGAUAGUGACUUAUCGAUUAUCGAGAACUGUGAGUUCCUGGGGAACCAAGACACACUCUACGUCCACUCCCUACGCCAGUAUUACAAGCGGUGCCGCAUCGAAGGCAACGUAGACUUCAUCUUUGGCAACUCGGCCACAGUGUUUCAGGACUCGCUCAUCCUGGUCCGGCCACGCCAGGUCAAACCGGAGGCUGGUGAGACCAAUGUAGUCACCGCCCAUGGACGGACCGACCCGGCGCAGUCCACGGGGUUCGUUUUCCAGAAUUGUGUGGUCAAUGGAACGGAUGAGUACAUGGGCUUGUACUAUGGCAAGCCCAAGGUUCACCAGAACUUCUUGGGGAGGCCAUGGAAGGAAUAUUCAAGAAUAGUUUUCAUAAAUUGUUAUUUAGAGGCGCUCAUCAGCCCACCAGGGUGGAUGCCAUGGAGUGGCGACUUUGCGCUGUCGACACUGUAUUAUGGCGAGUUCAAGAAUUCCGGUGUCGGGGCUAAUAUAACAGGGAGAGUGCCGUGGAGUAGUAAGAUACCUAAGAAACAUAUCAAUGCCUACUCUCUUCAGAGUUUCAUUCAAGGGGAUGAGUGGAUCACUACGUCUUCAUGAGCAUUGGACU